GCCUUUUCAUGUGGUAUAAAAUCAACCCCUCGUUUCCCCCGAAUCAUUCAAAGUUAUUCUGCCAAAUUCAUCGCAACUCACUCAAAUCCCCCAAAUUUUCUUUUCGAAAACGAUUUCACGAAAAACCCCUUUACUCACUUGCGAUCUUGAUUUGAUUUUGAAAAAAACUGUUCAAUAAUCCGAAGAUGGUUGCAGAAGCAGUAGAAGUUUUGUGCGGACAGAGAUUAUGUUCUGCUCAAUUUGGUAUUCCUGAUCCGAAAUCCGACGCUGUUUUACCUGAACCCGACUCUGUCUCUAUCGAUUUCGUUUCAAUUCCCGAUUUGGUUGUGGAAUCUUCUUCUACAAAAUUCACUCCAACAAUCCGAUCCGGAAGUCACACCGACAUCGGACCCCGAAGAUCCAACGAAGACGAACACAUCCGAAUCGACAAUCUUUCCAACCAAUCAGAAUUGUACACGUGGCCUCUCCCAACCUCUUUUUACGCCAUUUUUGAUGGACACGGAGGCUCAGAAGCUGCGUUAUAUCUCAAAAAUCACGCCAUCAAUUUACUUUUCACCGAUCCCGAUUUACCCCAAACUUCCACCAUCAACGAAUCAUUCUUACAAAAACUAGAAAACUCUCACUCCAAAGCCUUCUUACUAGCGGACAAAGCUUUAGCCGACGAAUGUAGCAUCAGCGAUUACUGUGGGACCACCGCUUUAACCGCCCUAAUCCUCGGGCGGCACUUGGUGGUGGCAAACGCCGGAGACUCCCGGGCGGUGCUUUGCCGGAAAGGUGUAGCUGUCCAGAUGUCGCAAGAUCAUAGGCCGAGUUUAUUGGAAGAGAAAAUACGGGUCGAAUCAGUGGGCGGGUUUAUUGAAGACGGGUAUUUGAAUGGUGAACUUGCGGUCACACGGGCUCUUGGGGACUGGUUUAUGAAAUCUCCGGGUGGGUUUGAUUCGGGGCUGACCGGAAAACCAGAUAUCCGGCGGGCAGUUCUGACCGAAGAUGAUGAGUUUUUGAUUAUUGGGUGUGAUGGGAUUUGGGAUGUGAUGUCUAAUCAAGAAGCGGUGGCGGUUGUUAGGCGGGAGCUUGGGCGGUGUGAUGACCCGCAGCGGUGUGCGGUUGAGCUUGUGAAAUGUGCAUUGAGUCGGGACACGAGUGAUAAUAUUACGGUUAUUGUUGUUUGUUUUUGGGCAGCGGGUUCGGGCAGGGGUCAAAGGCCAAGGUUUAGGUGCAAUGGGUUGACCGAAGAAGCCCGAGCUCGGCUCAGAAGUCUGCUGGAAGGGAACUAAAAGGUGUUGUAUUGGUUACAUGAGUCUGAUAGGAUAGUGGGCUACUGUGUUAUCUGAUUGAGUCUGACAGUGGGCUACUGUGUAUCUGAUUUAAAUAUCAGGUGAUGUAUGAACAAUGUGGGUCAACUCAGCUCAGAGUUGAUGGGAUAUGGGAUGGAAAGCAUAUUAACCCUAAAGUAUGCAAAGUUGGGGUGCAAUUUGUGAAUAGAAUUCAUUUAUUUUGGUGGAGAGGUAGAAAAAGCACUAAAGCUGACUUCAAUUUUGUAGUGGGAUAAACGAGAUCCUGUUGUGUCUUUUUGCUUAAAAGUGGAAAUUGUUAUAAAAAACAUUGUUUUGUGUGUGUAUUGGUUAUUAUGGGUUUGAAAAAGAUGUACUUUGAUUUUGUAAUAUUUCACAUUUCUGUUGUACAUUUGAGAACUUUUUUCCAUGAAUAUCAUUCAAAAGAUAAUCGAUUUGUAAUUAUCAAUAAAAAUCAUUGAUUCAACA